AAGCUUGGUGUCGACGGAGAUUUUAGAGCUCUCUUACAUCAGAUCUGCCGGCUGAAUCGUCCCCCAAAAUAAUGAAGUCAAGGAAUAAUAUGCUGAUGGUUUUGUUGUCUCUGUUCUUGAUCCAGAUUGAUGGCUUCCGAAAUGGGAAGUGGUCAGACGCAACGGAGCCAGAACAGGAGGAUCGCCGCUUUAUCAUCCACGGUCAUGAGACCGAACCCCUGAGCUAUCCCUCCAUCGUCCGGCUGGUCCGUGAUAACUUGGACAGCAUCCACUGUGGCGGGGUCCUGAUCACUGACCUGUGGGUACUGACCGCCGCACACUGCAGAGCGCGCUACGCCGUCUUUGCUCAGCACAGCUUACGUGAAGGGACGCAGUACACCCAAGGCCGGUUCAUUAUAAAGACAAUACGGCACAGUCAGUACAACAAAGGCCGGCCUUUUGCAAAUGACAUAGCCCUCCUCAAGGUGGUGAGUCCUGUGAAGCUUUCUAGAGCUGUCGUACCGGUCACCAUUUUGGACCCGCAGACGCGGAUUGACGAGAACGCCACAUGUUUCAUCGUGGGCUGGGGAAGCACAAUGGGGACUGGAGACGCAUCUGUGCUGAGGGAAGCGCACGUCCCAAUCAUGACGUCACAAGAAUGCACCGACGUCUGGGCUAAAUUCCACCAUCCGAAGAACGUGACGUCAGACCAGAUCUGCAAUGACGUCAGGUACAACCCCAGCUCUGCCUGCGCUGGCGACUCUGGUGGGCCUCUGUACUGUCAGUUCGGUGGUCGAAACUACCUGGCAGGCCUGACGUCAUUCGGACCCAAAGGCUGCAAGCGAAACGAGACGUACCCUCUACCCACUGUGUUCACCAACGUCUCAGCCUACCUGGACUGGAUAGUCGACAUCGUCAAGAACGACUACCACUCUGGACUACGAUUGUGAAUAAUUUUAUCCCGCCUUCAAAAUUGUUGCGGGUUUUCUUUUCCAUCUUAUGAUGAAAUGAUAUAAGUUUAAAACCCCUUUCAACACUACAA